AAGUUUGAAGAAGAAAACAAGAUUAGGGUCAGUACCCUAACAAGAUUUCAAACGUUCUUGAAUAUCUUACGAUAUUCUGUAAUUUAUUGCAUUAUUUGGUGUAAAAAUAGUGAAUCAACGUUGUAAUCGAUAGUCCAGGUACUCAAAUAAUGGUGAUUGGGAUUGAAAAAAUAUGAUUAUUCGAUGUUCCACGUAAACAACCAGUUCUGAAGAUUUCGCCGCUCCAUCACAAUCGUAUCUGUGUCGUUUGAUUACGUGUGUCUGCCGAUUUGAGUAGAAAAUUGGAUCGUGUAAUUAUGGAAAAAAGUUUAUAAUUCGGUUCAUAAUCCUGAUUAUUAUAUCUCGAUAGAACUAAAUAUGGCAUUCCGAAGAGACAAGAAGGAAGAAGAAGAUGGAGGCGGUAAUCCUUUCCAAAAUCUUGAUAAAACGACCGUACUCCAAGAAGCUAGAACCUUCAACGAUACCCCAGUCAACCCUCGGAAAUGCACCCACAUCUUGACCAAAAUCUUAUUCCUACUUAAUCAGGGAGAACAACUGGGUACUUUGGAAGCUACAGAUGCCUUUUUCGCGAUGACCAAGUUGUUCCAGUCGAAAGAUGUGAUUCUUCGAAGAAUGGUGUACUUGGGUAUCAAAGAACUAUCCAGAGUAGCCGAAGAUGUAAUCAUCGUUACGUCCAGUUUAACCAAAGAUAUGACCGGUAAAGAGGAUAUGUACAGAGCUGCUGCCAUCCGAGCAUUAUGCAGUAUUACCGAUGCGACUAUGCUACAAGCGAUCGAACGGUAUAUGAAACAAGCUAUCGUGGAUAAGAAUCAUAACGUUAGUAGUGCUGCUUUGGUGAGCAGUCUUCAUAUGACUCGAACCGCCGGAGAUGUUGUGAAAAGAUGGGUCAACGAAGUACACGAGUUGUUGAAUUCUGAUAAUGUAAUGGUGCAAUAUCAUGCGUUGGGAUUAAUGUACGACAUUAAGAAAUACGAUCGAUUGGCUGUAACGAAGCUGGUAGCUUUGUUAACUAGAAGGACGUUCAAGUCUCCUUUCCCUCUCUGUACUUUGCUGAGAAUAAUAUGUAAAUUAUUAGAAGAAGAAAGCGAAGGAUCUUUGGACGACAGCCCAUUAUACGAAUUCGUAGGCUCCUGCUUAAGACACAAAUCAGAAAUCGUCGUCUACCAAGCUGCUCGAUUCAUCGUCAACAUGCGCCGGACCACCUCGCGAGAGCUAGCUCCAGCCAUCAGCGUUUUACAGCUCUUGUGUACUUCGCCGAAACCUUCACUAAGGUUUGCUGCCGUUCGCACGUUGAAUAAAGUCGCUAUGACCCAUCCAGCCGCCAUCACGGCUUGUAAUAUGGAUUUGGAGACGUUAAUAAGCGACUCGAACCGAUCAAUUGCCACAUUGGCUAUUACCACGUUGCUGAAAACAGGCGCCGAAUCGUCCGUUGAUAGGCUUAUGAAGCAGAUAUCAUCUUUCGUGAAUGAGAUCUCGGAUGAGUUCAAGAUUGUCGUAGUUCAGGCGAUUCGAGCAUUGUGCGAAAAAUUCCCUCGUAAACACACCGUAUUGAUGAAUUUCCUCUCGAGUAUGUUGAGAGAUGAAGGUGGACUAGAUUACAAAGCUGCAAUAGCUGAUACCAUCAUUACUAUUAUCGAAGAUAAUCCCGAUGCUAAAGAUACCGGAUUAGCUCAUCUCUGCGAAUUCAUCGAAGACUGCGAGCACAGCAGCUUGGCAGUUCGUAUUUUGCAUCUUUUAGGCAAAGAAGGACCUCGCAGUAAGCAACCCUCCAGAUACAUUCGGUUUAUCUACAACCGCGUCAUUCUCGAAUGCACUGUUGUCAGAGCUGCAGCUGUAUCGGCUUUGGCUCAAUUCGGCGCCGCUUGUCCGGAACUAUUGCCUAAUAUUUUGGUGCUAUUGGCUCGCUGCCAGAUGGAUUGCGACGAUGAAGUUCGAGAUCGAGCUACGUACUACCACAGCAUCUUGACGCUGAACAACAAAUAUCUUAACUUGCAUUUCAUUCUAGAACCAUUGCAAGUUUCUGUACCUAAUUUAGAAUCAGCUCUGUUGAGUUACAUCGAGAACCCAUCCAGCGAACCGUUCGAAUUGAAGAAAGUACCACUGGCUCCUGUGGUUACCACCGAAGCUGCUCCCAAAGCUCCUAUAUCCAUUAAAACGGAUCAAGUAUCGGGUCUUGCACCGACCAUCAAAGAAGAAAGAUUCGUCGAUAAACUUAGCGGAAUUCCGGAACUGGCUGAUGUUCCUGGACCGAUGUUCAAAACCUCUGAGCCUGUCGAAUGCACAGAAUCUGAAACCGAAUACGUUGUCAAAUGUUACAAACACUGUUUUCCAAAGCAUAUUGUUUUUCGAUUCGAAUGUCUUAAUACCCUUAACGAAGUGUUACUGGAAGAUGUACGAGUCCAGCUCGAACUACCUGACGGGUAUAGGUUACUGAAAGAAGUACCGUGUCCUAAAUUACCCUAUAACGAAAUAGGAAACGUAUACAUGUUGUUGGAAUUCCCCGAAGAAAUCGCUUGCUCGGUGGGUAAUUUCGGUGCUACGUUGAAAUUCGUCGUCAAAGAUUGCGAUCCCAUUACCGGUAUUCCAGAUUCGGACGAUGGAUACAACGACGAAUAUAUGCUGGAAGAUAUAGAAGUCACGCUGAGCGACCAAAUUUCCAAAUUGAAUAAAUUGAACUUUACCGCCGCUUGGGAUGAAGUAGCGGAUGCGUAUUGCGAAGUAGAAGACACGUACGCAUUAACUAGCAUGAAUACAUUGGAAGAAGCCGUUCAAAAUAUUAUUUCUUUCUUGGGUAUGCAACCGGCCGAACGUACCGAUAAAGUUGUUCAAGGCAAAUCGUCCCAUACUUUAUACCUAGCUGGUGUAUUUCGCGAUAGUCACGAGGUGCUUGUCAGAGCUAAAUUAGCUUUAGGUGACGGAGUUACGAUGCAGCUGACUGUUCGAUCCGAAGAAUCGUCUAUUGCCGAAUUAAUAUCGUCUACCGUGGGAUAAAAAACGUCAUCUGUUGUUACGAGUUAGGUACAUGUUGUUUCGCAUCUUCUUUAAUCUGUUUGAUUUUUUUUUUUUUACAUGAUGAGCCUCCUGCGUUUUCAUCGGAUAAAGAAGAUAUUUAAUUUUUUUGUAUCCAAAUGUAUUUAUUUAUCGAGUUAUUAUUAUAAUCGUUGUAAUUUUCCAUCUA